AAUCAUGAAAACCAAACGAAUUAAUGAUAGUGAAUGGAAACCUAUAACAUCGGAAGGUACUUUAUUGUCCAAUGGCAUAGAAGGAUUAAUUGGAAUAGAGGAAUUAACUGAUUAUAGAUUAGAACGGAACAGCAAGAAAGGCAAGAUUGAUUAUCUUCUUCUUCUUUCAAUUUAUCUGGCCACUUGUGAUCAAGGGCAUGUGGAAAGAAGGAUGGGACCCGAGCGGAAUCGAACCUGGAAUCUCUCGAUUACCAGGCCGCGACUCUACGCCCGGCGCCACGCGUCGCCCCAAGGCAAGAUUAUAACUACAAAAGUAAAAUCUGCCAAAAAGAAAAAACCGCUGCGCACGCAACUCACAAUGAACAUGGCGAUAAGUAAGGCUAUGCCUUACACAAAUAAUAAAAAUUUGGCAAAGAUUAAUAUUGAAGCAUGGAGCUCUAUUGGUGUUCCUACUACUGUAAUAAAAGCUUUAGCUGAUCAGAAUUUUCAUUCUCCUACUGCGAUACAAGCUCAGACAUUGCCAGCUGCUAUAUUAGGCCGCAGAGACAUAUUAGGUGCUGCUGAAACUGGUAGUGGCAAGACAUUAGCUUUUGGUAUCCCAAUAAUAAAAGGUAUCUUGGAUUUGAAGAAGCAGGAGUUAGAAAUACCAGUGUCUAAAGAAACUAUAAAAUAUGACUCUCAAAAUAGUCAUUGGAGUUGUUCAAAAAGCAAUAUGCAACAACGACAACGUCUAAAAAAUCUCGAAAGAUUUCAAGCUGAUGAAAAUGGACUAUUAAUAGCCACGGAUGUAGCCGCGCGAGGUUUAGAUAUACCUAACAUAGAGCAUGUAAUACAUUAUCAAGUCCCAAGGACAUCCGAGAAUUACGUACACAGGAGCGGUAGAACGGCAAGAGCAGAAAAAGAAGGUAUCACAGUUCUAAUGAUGGAACCUUCUGAAAAACAGAACUAUAGCAAGUUGUGCAAAACUCUUGGACGUACGCAUGAUUUACCUACAUUUCCUGUAGUAGAUAGGCUAUUAAUCUCUGUAAAAGAAAGAGUAGAUGUUGCUCGCGAUAUUGAUAAACUGGAAUUAAAAUGUCGCCGGCAGAAUACUCAGAAAAGUUGGUUACGGAAAGCAAUGGAGGAUAUGGAUAUGAUUUUGGACGAUGACGACGACGAUAAUGAAUUAUCAACGGAAUCGGAAGAAGCAACAGCAUUGAGACGACAAUUAAAGGUAAAGAGAAGUCACUUGCGAUCUCUGUUAUCAAAGCCAGUAUUCCCGAAAGGAUUCUCAGGAAAGUAUCUUGAUGAUAAUUUAAACAUAAAUUCUGCUCAGGAUACAGAGAAAGCUAUCGAAGUGAUGAAAAAGGCAAUAGAAAAUAAUUCCCGUAAACGUAAAGAGAACAAUAUCGUAUCUCAGAAAAGAAAACGAUUGCAAAAAGAGCUGAAAAAAUCUACAAAGUUUAAAAAGACAUAAAAUAUAUCUUGUUUAUAUAUACGAAUCGUGCUGAUAUUUUUUUCAUCAUAUUAUUUUGUUUGUUUAAUAUUCAUCACAAAACGGAUUUCACAGAACAAUCAUGAAUUAACAAAAAUUAGAUAAAUUUUAUUUUGUCGCAGGUUAUACUUACAUUCAUAAUUAAUUUGAGCGAUUCAUCAUUCUAAGAAACAUAUUUUUAAUAUGCAUAUGUUUCCUUCUUAAUUGUUAGUAUUUUAACGUAUGGCAAAGGUAUAUACAGGUUUCUGCAUUUUUCUACAAAAACACUUGUACAUGUUUCCUUAAUAUGCACAUGCUUAUGUAAUAUAAUACAUUCCUCGAAACAGCGAAUAGAAAGUCGAUCGAUGAACACA